CACUGAUGAUCAGUGUGCCCUGAUGAUCAGUGUAGCCCCAGCAGUGCCACCUGUCAGUGCUCAUCAAUGCCACCUGCCAGUGCCCAUCAGUGCCUCAUCAAUGCCACAUUAAUGCCACAUAUCAGUGUCCAUCUCAGCUGCCUUUCAGUGCCACCUAUCAGUGCCACCUAUCAAUGCUGCCAAUCAGUGCCACCUAUCAGUGCCACAUUUCAGUGACCAUCAGUGAUGCCUGUUAAUGCCCAUCAGUGCCACCUACCAGUACCUCCUCAUCAGUGCCCAUCAGUGCCACCUAUCAGUGCAGUCUAUCAGUGCCCAUCCCUGCAGCCUCAUUUGCGCACAUCAGUGAAGGAGAAAAAUCACUUAUUUACAAAAUGUUAU